UGGAGGCUAUCGACUAGUCGAGAGAAUAAGAUCGCAAUCGGGUGACUCAAUGAUGUCACGGUGGUGGUCUCACUCGCUACAGAAUUCAUCCUCUCCUUGGUUCAAUCACAAUGAUUCUCUUAUGGUAUAAUUACGAUGCUCUUGAGCAGCUAGCUAUACUGGAUGUCUGUGGGAGCCAGAUAUCGGAUCGAUCUACAGACUCCUCGCAAUAGAAUGUUUUCGCUAUGCCUGCUGCUGCCCCAUCGUUUGAGAAGCUGAUGCAAAAGAGUCCCAGGCCGACAGACCACCUCGCCAUCACCCUCGGCCCCUUCUUCAUCGUCCUCUUUGAUCUCGUGGUCCCAUGUAUCAUCUACUAUGUCUGGUACAACACUCACCAUCACUCGCACCGGGAAAACGAUUGUAACGCAUCCGGUCCCGAACUUCCCAAAUGCUCCCCGGAAUCCCACCAGAUAAACAGACACAUCCUCGGCUAUGCUAUUGUCUCCUUUGGAAUUGGAGAGCUCUAUAUCCUCAUCGCCCGGGUUUGUCGCCUCUUCCUGCAUCCAGACGAAUGCGCCCCUUUACUGUCACGCUCCCGAUGGGAACUCGACGCCACCUCCUGGGUAUACGGGGUGUCGAUGAUCUGCGCCCUCAUCCCCUUCGUCAUAAGCAGUAGCCAGGAAAUGCCGAUCCUGUUCCUCUACUCUCCUGCCUUUCUGCUGGGGUUUCUGGCCAUCCUGAUGCUCAUCACCUUGGUCCCCUUCCGCAUCCCAAUCGGUAUCGACUCCCAGCCGCGGGGGACGCCAUUACGACCACUCAUAUACUACGCGGCGGAAGACUUCAUGGCCGUUGACUUUCUCCAGGACCGCGACUUCCGUAUCCGGUACAACCUGCGCUACGAGCAAUCCAAGGCUUUCCGGCGCAUGCUCUUCGCUCUGACCCUCUGGUGGCUGUUCGGCGUGUGUGUCUACCUGGGGAGUGUCUCUGCCGUCAUUUGGACCCUGCAGUUUCACUAUGCGUUUGGGCUGUCGUUGGGGGUGUUGUUUGCAUUUCUGGGGGUUUGGGGGGGAGGCUCGUACUUGGGGGUGAAGAUGGAGAUUGAUAGAGAGGUGAAGACUGGCCGAAGUGUAUGA